GAUGAUGUUGACUUGAGAGAUUUCAAACCUACGAACGACAAUCGCCAAUCCAACAACCAAAGAUUUGAAUAACUCGCCAAUUCAGUAAGUUCAGAGAUACCAUCGAUUUGUUUUGUAGAGAAAAAUCUAAUAAUUUAUUUUAGAAUCCGCAAAAAUGGUCAAGAAGCGCGCGUCCAAGUACGAACUCCAACUCCAUCCAUAAUUCCAUUCAACUCGAACUUUUCGGAAAAUGAUGCAAUUAUCAUCAUUGACGAAGAGGUUAUACUUGAUGAAUUUGGGAGGCUGAUUCAUAUUUUAGUGGACGUAACAAGAAGGGUCGUGGUCACGUCAAGCCCAUCAGAUGCUCCAACUGCUCUCGAUGCACCCCUAAGGACAAGGCGAUAAAGAGAUUUACCAUCCGUAACAUGGUUGAGUCUGCUGCCAUUCGUAUGUUUUCAUUAUUUCCGACACCUCCAGCAACUCCGAAAUAGAGAUGGAUCGCAAUGGGAUCUGGCAAAUGGAUAUUUUGGACUUUGCGAAAUCGGCGCUAAUACGCUUUUAUUACAGGUGAUAUCUCAGAGGCAUCUGUCUUCUCUGAGUACACAGUUCCCAAGAUGUACCUCAAAUUGCAAUACUGCGUCUCUUGUGCCAUUCACGGCAAGAUUGUCCGGUAUGUCCAUGCUAUGAGAUGAAUCCUUGGUCGAACUGCCAGUAAGUUAGACCCUUUAAGAACAUUUGGGCUGAUUCUCUUUUUUACAGAGUCCGAUCCCGUGUUGGAAGACGCAACCGUGCCCCACCUCCCCGUGUUAGAUACAACAAGGACGGAAAGAAGGUCAACCCAAACCAAGCCGCUGCUAAGGCUUAGAGUGCUUUUGGUUGGGAAUGGGGAGUUAUUGACUGGUUUUUCGGGAUGCAUUUCGUCAUAGCCAGAUCCUAAUGCAAAAGCAUUGCUUAGACAAAUAUGACCUCAUUGACUGAUGAUUGA